UGGCUGUCAAAGAUCGGAGCGGUGUCAGUCCUGCGAAACGAAGAGUCAGGCGUUUGCGAUGCAGUUCCUGGGCCGGCUGGUGGGCACCAUCGCCUCCGUCUCCAACCUCUUCUCCAAUCCGUACCGGGUGAAGGAGGUGCUGCUGUCGGAAUACUCUGGCGGGGGACAUGUGCAACUGAAGGAGGAGGGCAGGAUGGUUCUGUACAGGAACACCCCCAGUCAGUCCUGGGACUGCCUGCUCCUUUGCCCGGAAACUCCUGGUGUGGCCCUGAGGUUGUUCCAGGUGGCCUCAGAAGAAGAUGCUUUAAACUGGUACCCUCAGUAUGCCUUCAAGCUCCGCCCCUUUUAUGAAACGGCUGGCUGGCCUCUCAAAGUGGAAACUGUCCAGACAAUCUCAGACUGUCUGCGGAAUCACCCGGACUGGAGCUCAGCUCACAUUGCUGUGGAGACCGGCUUGAGAUACUGCCUGAAGCAUAACUAUGUUGUUAGCCAGAUCAAUUGCAGGGAUGCGUCUGGCCAGACACCGCUCCACCUCGCCUGCGAGCGCGGGGACGUGAGCUCCGUCCGUGAGCUGCUGGAGGAUUGUCAGGCCAGCACCAGCAUCAAAGAUCAUCAAGGGGAGACUCCCAUGCACCGUGCAGCCAAGCAGGACUCUGUCGCCGUCAUCCAGGUGCUCUGCUCCAGGGCCUGCCCCGGGGUGAAUGAGCAGAACAAUGCUGGGGAGACUCCGUUGCAUGUGGCCUGUCGCCUGGGGAGGGCGGAGGCUCUGAAGGCGCUGCUGGCAGGUGGGGCCAGGUGUGAUGUCAUGGGAAGCAUGGGCUACCCCAUUCACAUUGCCAUGAAGCACAAUGAGAAGAGCUGUGCAGAGACUAUUCUGACUACAGAUCCCUCCCAGUUGCACGUGGAGGACGUCAAAUACGGAGGGACCCCCCUGCACUGGGCCAGGAGCAGUGAGAUGAGUCGCAUGCUGCUGGAGCUGGGCUCCUCUGUGAACUACCUUAGCAAGACUGGGGAGAGCCCGCUGCACAUACUGACCAAGAAGGGCCGUUUCGAGGCGGCAAUGGUGCUGCUCACCCAUGGUGCUGACCCCAACCUCCGGGGCGAGGGUGGAAACACUGCCCUGCAUCUCGCCAUGAAGAUGGACCACAUAGAGCUGAUCAAGGCUCUCAUUGUGUUUGGGGCUGAGGUAGAGAUUCCUAAUGAUCUGGGGGAGACUCCGGGGCUCAUUGCUGCUCGAACCAGCAAAGGCUCCAACAGAAAGGUUCUGCUCAACAUGCUGUGUAGUGUAGGGGCGCAGCGGUGCACCCCCCCCUCCCCAAACAUCCCUCCCCUGAUCACCAAGAGAGCUCCGCCUCCAGGCAUAGGGUUUGAGGAUAUGGUGCAUGUUGCUGCUGCAUUUGGGGCCAUAGCUCAAGGCCAAACUGAAGUAGAUGGGAUCAGGAGGGUGGACCGACUGCUGUGUCUGGAUGGGGGAGGAAUUAAAGGCCUGGUUCUGAUCCAGAUGCUGAUAGCCCUGGAGAAGGAGGCUGGGCGGCCCAUAAGAGAGCUCUUUGACUGGAUCUCUGGCACCAGCACUGGAGGCAUACUUGCCUUGGCUAUAGUGCAUGGAAAGUCCAUGGAAUACCUGCGCUGUCUUUACUUCCGAAUGAAGGACAAAGUGUUUCGAGGGUCACGACCCUAUGAAUCCGCUCCCUUGGAGGACUUCCUAAAGAAGGAGUUUGGGGAGAACACCAAGAUGACAGAUGUCCGACACCCCAGAGUAAUUGUGACCAGUGUCCUUGCUGAUCGACACCCAGGGGAGCUGCAUCUCUUCCGAAACUAUGAUCCUCCUCUGCAAACCCGGGAUCCUCCGUAUGCUUCCACUGCCACUUUCACGCCUCUCACCAUCCCACAGGGGUGGGAGGACGAGGACGUGUUGAUAGUGGGCUAUUCCGGGCCUCCCCCUUCAAAAAACAGUAGGAUGGUAGAUGACAAAGACCAGUGUGUGUGGCGUGCUGCCCGCUCCAGUGGUGCUGCCCCUACCUACUUCCGGCCAAUGGGACGCUUCUUGGAUGGAGGGCUGCUGGCCAACAACCCGACACUGGACACUAUGACAGAGAUCCACUACUAUAACAAGUCUCUGAGGGCUCAGGGCAGGGGAGCAGAAGUCCAGAAGCUUGGUGUGGUGGUUUCCCUAGGGACUGGGAAGCCCCCACAGGUAGCGGUGAACUCGGUGGAUGUCUUCCGCCCGUCUAACCCUCUGGAAAUUGCCAAAACCAUUGUUGGGGCCAAGGAGCUGGGAAAGAUGCUAAUAGACUGUUGUACCGAUUCUGACGGCUGUGUGGUUGACCGAUCCAGGGCCUGGUGUGAAAUGGUGGACGUCAGUUACCAUAGACUGAGCCCCCAGCUUUCCUCAGAGGUGAUGCUAGAUGAGGUGAACGAUGCAAAGCUGGUGGACAUGCUGUGGGAGACGCAGAUGUACCUGUACGAGCGCAGGGAGCACAUCCAGGCCCUGGCUCAGCAACUGCUACAGGGCUGAGAGCUGCAAGAAGACACAGCAUGAAAAUAUAGGAAAACUCAACUUGACAUGAAGGGCAAUGAGCAAUGGAGGCACGAGAAAACACUGCAACAUGGGUGCAAGGAGAUGCAGGAGAACAUAACCUCAACACGCGUCAGGGGCAAAGGAACAAGUCAUCUUGACACAAGUAGAAGGAAAUAUGCAAAGAAAUUGCAGCAAAUAUGUGCAACUAGUGGAAAACUUUUUUUUAUAAGAUAUAUAUUAGAAAACGAUACCCUUUGCACUUUAUGGUUGACAGGAGCAGCUGUAUUACACAUACUCUGAGAUCUGACAGUUUGUUUACAAGUGUACCACUGAAGGAGGCUGUGAAGUUCAGGCUGUGUCCUCCGGGGCUACUGAUGAUUACUUUUCGUUGGUCAGAAUUGUAGAGAAGAACACAAUUUACACACUAUUGUUCUUGUUCUGAUGGCUGAACAAAAUUCAAAAACUUUAAGUAAUCGUAUUGUACAAGUUCCUGCUCUUUAUGACUAAUAUUUCUGUGGUCAUUAAACUUUCAUACCAUUUCAUAGUAGGAAACCUAACUAUAAGAUAAAAUUCUCAAUCUGAUCAGGUUGAUUUAAAAAUGCAAAAAAAAACUGACUCAAAUGGGUGUGGCAGAUAGAUGUGUUUCUUGGUCUAACCCAAAUAUAACUACUUUGUUACGUUCUAUACCAUGAUAUGUAUUAUAUAUAUUAUGCACCGAUUUAUUGUUUUACCCUGUUGCUGAAAGGAAGUGAGUAAUAUAAAUGCAAUAUAAAUAUCUAUAUAUGUAACUAUGUAUGUCAUGUUCCUGUGUCAUUUUUGUUCAGUGUAUGGUGAUCAUUGGAUUGGCAGAGAAAUGUGCUGCAAAGCAAGAUGAUAAAUUAAACCAUGCCAUUAACAGUGGAAGUCACUACUGGUAUAAAGAAAAAAUAACAGGAUUUUUGGUAUUCAGUUUUGCACA